GUCGACUCCUGUAUCUGUAAAACACAGGUCAACAUAAAAUCGGAGUAGUAAACAUGUAUGUAUAAAUGUGGUAAAUACGACUUCUUACUGUACUUAAUUCUAUAAUAAUUGUUUCAAUGACAGAAGAGGAAAUUUCCGUCUGACAUUUAAAUGAAUAUAUACAGCUAUAGAUGGCUGCAGAGGACACUGACGUCACUCCUUGGCCUGUCGUCUGCGCAAUUGACUUUGGGACUACAUACAGUGGAUAUGCUUAUUCCAUGCGACCUGACUACGAAAGAAAUCCCUUAAACAUUGAAUCCAACCCACCUUGGUUUAACGAAGGACAAGGAACAUCGAAAACUCCCACGUGCAUUCUCUUCGACAAAUCUGGAAAUUUUCACUCAUUUGGAUAUGAUGCUGAGAGAAAAUAUGCUACUUUGGCUGAAAGAGCUCAAGAAAAACAGGAAGACGAAGAAGAAGACGAGGAUAGUGAUGAUGAAGACGACAGUGAAAAAGAUGAGGAAAAUAAAGACAAACCUAAGGAAGAUGGAUUUGACGAUUGGCUUUUCUUUAGGAGAUUCAAAAUGAAGCUAUUCCAAGAUGCAUCUGUGAGGAGAAAUCGAAAAUUAAAGAACUUAAAUUUACAGGCGGAGAAUGGAAAGAAGUUGCCGGCAUUGAAAAUAUUUUCUGAAGCUAUAAGGUUUCUGAAAGAACAUUUCGAAGGCUUAUUGGAAAAAGCAACGUUGCGAGAUGAUAACAAUGCAUCUAACAAUUCAGCUACAACACGUCAGGGUUCAGAGAAUUCAAAUACUUCCGGGAAUUUAUCGGAACCCCCCGAUGAUUUUGAUGAUGAUGAUGAUAAGAAAGAUGACCCAAUAGGCCAUGAAACUUCUGCAUUAGGAAACGAAGACAUUUCUUCCUGGUCCGCUGAUAUAUUGUGGGUUCUCACAGUUCCUGCCAUUUGGUCUGAUGAAGCCAAACAGUUCAUGAGAGAAGCAGCUAUUCAGGCUGGCAUACAGGACGAUCAUUUGGUUCUUGCUUUGGAGCCAGAGUCUGCAGCUCUGCUCUGUAAACAGUUGGCUUUGACAAAAGCAGCCCAGGAUAUUAAUAUAAGGAUGUUUGACCCUGGAAGCAAAUUCAUGGUGGUUGACUGUGGAGGUGGAACAGUGGAUGUUACCUCAUACGAGGUAAAGGAGAACAGUUCACUGAAAGAACUGCACUGUGCCUCGGGGGACGCAGUAGGAGGUACUAAUGUAGACAAACUUUUCUUUGAUUUGAUAAACAGCAUCUUUGGGGAAGAUAUAGUAAACAAAUUUAAGUGCAAUUCGCCUUCAGAUUGGCUGGAACUUUUAAGAAGUUUCGAAGUUAAAAAAAAAGGAAUCGGGAAAGAGAAUAUUAAUAACGAAAAGGCGGAACCAGUCACUUUUUCCAACCUAGGUGAUCUAUUUAAGGAAUUUGCCAAGUCUAACGAAAACAAAAGCGUAGCAACGCAAAUACAAGAGAUGGGAUUAAAAAAGAAAAUAAAAAAGUUUAGCAGUGCUAAGUUGCGUAUUGAUGAAAACUUCUUAAUUGAAAAAGUGUUUCAGGGUCCAAUAGAGGAUGUGACUAAUCAUUUGAAGGAACUUUUCACCAAAGAAGAGAUAGCUGAUAUUGGUAUCAUUCUACUCGUUGGCGGUUUUUCGGAAUGUCCGUUGCUACAAAAAGCAAUCCAGAGUCAGUUCCGAGACAAGAAAGUGAUCAAUCCUCGAGAGGGAAGUGUUGCUGUGAUGAAGGGGGCUGUUCUGUUUGGACAUAGUCCUGAGAAUCUAGUAAGGAAGGCAAUAGAAAAGGGAUUGGAAGUCACUCCAAUAACCACAGAGAGUAUCAUACGAAAAAGCAAAGCAUAUUAUGGCGUUGCCACUGAUGUCCCUUUUAUUGAAGGUGAACAUCUACCAUUGUACAGAUCCAUGAAUCAAGAGGGGGAGAUUGUGUGUACUGACGUGUUUGAUUGUUUGAUAAAAAAGAACCAAGAACUAGAAAUAGGUAAAACUAUCAUAGAAAAGCGUUUUAAUUCAUCAACUUCUCAUAAAGCAAACGUUGAAAUAUAUCGCGCCAAUAGCGAUGUCCAAUACUGUAAUAAUGAGGGCUGCAAAAUAAUUGGCCACAUUCGUGCCGUCUUUGAGGAUGAUUGUUUUCUACCUGAAAGAAGAAUAUUUAAGGUUCAGCUACAUUUUGGGUUUACAGAGAAAAUUGCUACCGCAGUGGAUCUUACGACGAACAAAUCCUGGAAAGUCAAACUUAACUGUCUUCUCUAAAGUGUUUGGGAAAUUAUAUUCAAAGAGUUCGAUAUUAUGUUUACAUUUAUAUUUUUUGUAUACAAAUUACAAUUUGAACUUUGACAUAUAUUU